ACGCCGUCGCCUACAGCAUUAUCGACAACGACAUGCCGACAAGCCCCAAUGUCCAAAUGGCGGCUCAAAGGAUUCGUACAGGAUUCGGAUGGAGAAGACGAGGACAUCGAGAGCCUCAGUACAAAUUCCACAAGAGAGAGCCAAAACGCGUCGAGUAGGCGCGUCGAACAUGGAGAUACGAAGUCAAAGACCGCCGAAAAGGAUGCGCAUGCGGAAGAGGAGCCGGAACAGCGGGCUAGAGGGAGGGAGAGGCUCAAUGAGUAUCAGGUGUUUAUUCCACGAAGCACGUCCGCGACACGCCCGCCGCUAGAGCGUUCCCCACUCUCCCCGAUGACACCGACCGCGGCAGCGACUCCUCCGCUCCAAUCUUCUAGACCGGACCCUGCCACGGAGUAUGAAAGGCAGCAGGUCGAGAGCCCCGACCCACUCCAAAGUUCACCUCCGCCAAAGACACAGCGUAUCGGAAAGCUGCUAUCGUCCUCCCAAAGCCUUGGCUACCCCAACCUAGCGCGAUCUACACCCGCGGAACACGGGGAAGACGUAGAAAACGCGCCGACUGCAGACUGUCUUCUCGCUGAAUUUGGUAUUUCUCCUCUCUCGGAUUCAUCCCAAAGCGACGUCCUAUCCGAUCCACCCUCGGAUAUCGAAGAGCAUCCUAUGCCAACUAUCGGACCAAGCACCGUGUUUGCAUCGCCAAAGUGCAGGACGACGGUACAGGUCGUCAUCCCACCGUCCACAGCCGCACAACGUGUGACUGCAGAACAGGCCAUCAGGCGCGCUCUCCGAGCGCGGAAGCCUGAGCAGCUACAUCCUUAUUUGAUCGAGGCUGAGCGAUACCGUCAAGAAUGCCAACGCAGAGGAAUCAAGCCGGUCCCGAGGGACAGAUCUCCGCCGCGAAAAUCGGGCCAUAAUGAUCAAGAAACGCAGGAGCAGGAGUUCGAUCCCGAAAAUGAUGCUCCCCCCAGUAGCCCUCCGGAAAUUCCGGUUUCUACGCCUGACAUUCGAAUGCCUAGAAAAGAUGGCUAUCGAAAUUCAGCCCACAGAUCCACUUCCGGUUCCGCAAGGCGCAGAUCUGUGCCCGCUGAAACACGCAGUUCUGAUAGCGUAAAGCGAAGGAAGAUAGAGCGCCCAUUGACCCAGGCUACCGCGCCUAGAGGAAGAACAGUGGGGGGCCAAGGAGACGCCGUUAGCGAUAUCUGGGCUAUUCCACAGUCUCCUCCGUAUUCUAGCAGCCCUCCUGUCAACGGUGCGAGCUCCACAUUGAGAAGGUUGGCGAGGCCAUUGCCGACUACCCCUAUUCCUGACCUACUUACGCCCUCUCAUUCAUCAACGCCACCGGAACAUGUUUCACCAGCUGCGGAAUCCGAUGCGGAACCAGUGGUCCGCAGCGUGCAUCGACCUGCGGCGCAAUUACGACCAACGAUAACCAUUCCCAGCGACAGCCCAUCCGGCUCUAGCUCGUCUGAUAGUGAAUCCGAGCCAAGUGAGGCUGAGAUGAGGCAAGUUGGAAAGAGGAUAAGGGGUGUGCUCCCUGCAUCAUGGCUUCGCAUCGACCGACAGGCACAGGAAAAGCGAAAUGCACAGGCCAGAGGACGCCUCAACGCUACACAGUCCCCCGAGAAAGUUGGGCCCCAACGUGGCGUAGCCAAAAAGAUCACCAAACAUUCCAGCACCGUGCAACGGAUACCAGAGCCCAGCGAUCGUACACGAGACGUAGUCGUGCUUUCAGAUGAUUUUGAAAUCGACUCCGACAUCCCUCUCGACUGCCAGAGGGACGUUCAACGCUCUGCUCAAGCCGCAUCCGAUUUGGCUGCUAUAUUCGAUAGUCGAUACGCAGAUGAUGACUCCGAAAAUAUGGAAAACGAUCGCUUGGAUCUCUUCGCUGGGGCCAGCAGAAAACGAAAGAGGCAGACGAAGCUCACGGACUCGUUCGCAAAGAUCCAAAAAGAGGCGAGGGUGUCAAACACUGGUACCAAAAUUCCCGACACUUCUGCGGCUUCACGCCCCCGAGCUUUGGGGCGGUCGAAGUGUACAGGCCCAAGGAUAGGUAGACGUACUCUGGCGCCUGCCUUGAGCGUUCUUGAUCUUGAUCAAUCUCCGUCCAACCAAGAUCGAUCCGUGCCACAAUUCCUAAGGCUGGCGAAGAGACAAGCACGUCGGAGAGCUGACUAUGCUCGCCAGCGUCCGACAAAUAAACAUAUCAGAUUGCACAGGGCCCGCGAUACAGAGGACGCCACGCUUACCCUCCACCAAUGGAGAAGCGGUGUCUUGAAACCUAAGGCGAACGUUGGGCGGCCGAAACUUCCACAGCCAAAUGAAGAACGCCAACCUUUAUCGGAUAUUGUAGACAACCAACAGCACGCUCUAGAGCAACAAGGCACCAAGGGUGCCUCCCUCCUGAAAGCUCAAGAUCAUCAAACAUCCAGGAGGCAAGUCCACAGAACGCAAAGUCGCAGGGACCUCCCCCCCGGUCUCCUGGUCUUCCGUCGACAUUCCCCUUCGUCUCCAAAAUCUCCCGAAGAACCCGCAUCUUCAAAGCCCAUAGGGACAAUCAAUCAGUUUGUUCCUCGGAGAUCACUACCGUUCAGAACAGCGCAGCUAGAAGGCUCUGAGACAGGAUUCAGUCGAAGUGAUCGCAGGAUCGCUUUUCAAAAGGGGCUACAGCAAGUGGAUAAGCAGUUCAAUCUCCCGUUGCCAGUUACUCAGCGUUUGCAAAAUCCACAGCUAGCGCGAUUUCUCGCUGACGAGGACGCUGUUCUUCCGCCCCUCCCCUCGGCAAAGGAUGUAGGUGAGCAUGGGGAAGUGUCUUCCAUCGAGAAGCUGCCCGCUCGAAAACGCCGCCUCAUUCGCAAGGUCCGCCCCCAACGAAUCGAUGCCGAUUCAAGGGAGUACCGUCAGCCGAGCGAGCCAGCUCUACAAGACCUCUUUAAGGACCGCCCUUUAGUUCAAAAUCACCAAACGCAGCAGGGAGAAGAACAAAACCAGCUGAAUCAGCCGGUUCUACAGGGGCUGGGCCCUUACGGAACACGUUACCCAACUACCUUCGACCUAUCCCCUCUCAAAGUCGGAACGUACUUUCAUUCGUCCACAUUUAUAGGCAGCGGCGAGCUGCAUCUGGCUCUGCAACUGGGAGCUACUGGCACGAGAGAUCUGGACGAGCCUGCCGGAUAUUGGACCAUUCAUCAUAAUGCAGCAACGUUCAAAUGCGGUCCCUGGAACGACGAGACAUUCUCACAAGUAACAGACUUGAUCGACGCUAUCUGGCUUCCUCUGGACGACCAUUGCCUGCGCGACGGAGACCUUGCGACAACGCAACAGACCGUUUUCAAGGACGCAUCGAAAGUUCUGAGAUCCUUGAUUGGCUACAUGUCCAUGCGGCUCAGCUUCCUUGAUUCUGUCGACCGUCAAGCCUUCACAUCAAGAAUGAAACAGUUCAUUGAGUCCCUGUUCAAUCGCUUACUCGCGGCCGAUGCCAUGAGCUCAGAGGAGAACCCUGCCUCUGGAAACCAACUCGAGUGCCUCAGGGCGAUUACAUAUCUGCUUACUCUCACCUCGCAGAUUCGACAGAUCGCGCAACACUCGCUCGUCGAAUUCACCAUCCGACGGGAAUUGUCAAACGUCAUGGCGAACAUGUCUAAGCACAUUGUAAUGCAGCUACUUCGUAGAGUGCCCCAGCUCAGCGACUUUCUGGAGAGGAACAAGCAAUACAAGGAGCGGGAGAACGGCAUCCAACACUCCGACAUCGUUAUUGAGAGUCUCGUUGUCUGUAUGCAUGUACUGGCGCGUGCCGGCAUCCACGGCUUAUCAUUCUGGGAUCUCGUUAGUCAAGGGCUCUCGCCGCAAGCGGAGCAGGGCGUCCAUCUGAAAGAUUUCGAGUCUCUGUGGGGCACUCUGUUCACCCUUCUUCCUUUCGUCGAGCUGGACGAAUCCGGAGUUUUCAUUGUUAACCGAAGGUCCUAUCCCCAAAGCGAUAACUGGGCCCUUGUCAGAGACCUCCUUAAGCGACUUUUCAUUCUGUACCCGAGCACAUACAGGGCUCACAGCUCUUCUCUCAACGAUUACAUCCGCACCAUUCUAACGAGAUGUCAUGUAUUGCUUCAAUCUUGGAACUGGAAGCGAUGUGACACAGCGCUCAAUGCAGUCUUCGAUUUCUUUGCGAAGAACGGUCUAAGACAGCUUCGACGGGAAGAGAGCAGUGGAUCGGUUCAGUUUCUGGAGAAUCUCGCCGGACAACCUUCCUUGGCCGUGGGGUCCAACGACAACUCGUUUCAUAUCUUCCUCAAGUGCCUAGCUUUAGGGCUUCAAGGAUUGAGACAUUUGUACGCCGAGAAGAAGUUCCGCAGUAUCGUCUUUCGGUUAACUCCCAACCAUGGGCGAAGUUAUCCCAAGGACCAGCGUCUGGAACCCGAAAGCCUCGACGCGCUCAGAAACCACCAUGAUCUUUUGUGCACUCUGUACUGGACAUCGCCUCCGUCUUGCCGCCCGAAGCUCGAUCUCAUCCGGGGUCUUGUCCAUCACCAGAACUCGCAUCGAGAAGCAUGCAAGCUAAAUGUCCGCGCCUGGACUAACCUGGCCGCGUUUCAAUUAUCAACAGAGGAGCCGUAUGCGUCAGCGCGACCGUUCGCUGAAUGGCACAAGGAGAUUACGGAGCAGACGUUGAAGCAAUACCGCCUGGCUAAGACCGAAGUUGAAGACUACCUCAAGUCCGGAGCCCUAGGAGAAACCAGCACUAACUCGCUUAUGGUACGACAAACGAUUGAAAAGAACCAGGAGCAAGCCAUCGCGACUUUGCGCGACUGCAUUGCCGGAAUACAGAAGGCCAUCGAGACAAAUCCCAGUCAAGGCUUUCUAAAAGACUUUCUCAUCGAUUCAGGUCUCGUUCAGCUGCUUGAGCUUCCACACCUCGAAGAUCCACGUCUCGUGGUGGUAAUCCGAGACACUCUGAGGGUUCUUCGAGUGUACGCAAACCUCUGGAAACGGCCUUCUAGUGUCAGCCAACAAUCAAGCGAGGACAGCCAGGAUUAUGGCGACUUUCCAGACCUGGACGAUUUCCACAUUAUCGAACAGCAGCCUAUCAUGUCGCCGCCGAAGCAAACUCCGCUCGACUUCAUUCAGACUCCUUUGUGGCAUUUGCUUUCUAAUGCGUUCGGCGCAGAAUACUCCCCCGAUGACAACCUUCUCACGGAUUCUGUCGACACUUGGGCUCUCGUCGCUGGUCUGCAAGUGUCGUUAGGUCGGUCAUGGUCGUUCUACAUCGAUUCUUUCAGCCAAGUGUCCUGGCAGCAACUCCGUCGCACGGAACAGACGCGAAAGUUUGGACCUUAUUUUAUGGCGGCGUUUAUCGCAUGCGAUCCGGUGGCCUACGAAGAACACCGUCACGAAUUUCUGACACGACUGCUUCUAUCUCUGGUCGAUCGAGAGUCGAUGCUCCGGUUCCAACACCGCUUGCUCCACGCUAUUGCUCGCGUAGACUCUGCACAUCCGCUCAUGAGGAAUCCACCUUUUUUCCGAGAUGUCCGUACUGGAAACCUCGAUAUCACAGCCGACACUUUGCGGGCACGACGACUCGCUCUGAUCUCUAGUCUUCUCGCGAAUAUGCGCGAUGAUCGACACAAUACGCUGCUCGAAGACCCAGGUAGGGCCAAGCAGCUCGAGCAAGAAUACGCGGCGAUGCUCAAAGCAUUCAUGACAGCCAUGAAGGACAAUUAUAAGGAGCUCCGUCAGGGCACUAUGGCGACAGGCGCUUACGUGGAGUUUGUCCAGAAGAUCGUCCAGUUCCUCCAACAGUACACUUCCGACAUUUGCCCAGUGGAUGACUUCUUCACCAAGUCCCCCGCCUUCCCGUUACCGGCAACAGAUCCCACCUAUGUCGUCGGUCGGUUAUGUGGAUAUGCUCCGAAGCUCUCAGACGGAGGAGUAGCGAAACAACUGGCCGUCUUCGUACAGACAGUCGCACAGCAAGCUGCUUCCGAAAAUGACCAAUCAUACCUGGUCAAUCAGCUCAAGACCGCGCUCUGCACCGACGAGGCUCCAGCUAAGGACAGAAUGGCUCUUCGAAGGGUGCUUCUUCAGGGAAUUUUCCCAGUAUACAUUGAGGCGGCCUUUUCCUCAAUUACUGAGUUCCUUAUUGCGAGGCCGUUACUACAGUCGCUCAAAUCUGUCUUGAACACCAUGAUGCUCGAUCUCCGCAUCAUGAAUGACAACAAUGUCCAGGACAUAUACGGCUCGAUUAUAGCUGUUUCGCAUGCAUUCAUCCGGAGCACUGAGCAGCUGAAAGGAAAUGCGCUCCUAUUUCAGCAGCCGUACAUACUCCACACUGUCACCUUGGUGCUCGAAGCAAUGGCCCCAAUCAUCUCCCUCCUCGACUACAUUCACGCCAGAUGCUCGAGUUCUACGUCAAAACCGGUGGUUACCGCAUAUUUUGAGCAAAUCAACGUUCUCGUUGCCCAAAUGGCAUGCGGCAUGAUACCUCAAAGUAUACCCUCCUACAAUGGCGACGCUCACUGCGUACAAUUCACAUAUCCCGACCUGUUAGCUUAUUGCGCCAGGGAACUACGGUCUGACAUCAAAAAGAAUUGGAGCACGAAUGCAGACCACAUAUUCUUCGGGCAUGGUCACAUGAGGCGCGAGGUGCUUGCUGACCUUGGAGGUGUCGAGGAGGAGAAAGCGAGGCUGGUCAGCGCCGUUCGAACCUUUCAUGGGAACCUUGCUGCUGUGUAUGGCGAAGAGCACAGGGAGGAGAAUAUGGACGGAAGUGGCUUCCUAGGAGACGUUGACGUGUAGUGGAGUGAUGAUUCAUCAUUAUGUUGCAUCGCACUUAGCAUUUUGCAUUUAGCAUUUAGCGGCAUAGGCGGCGUUCUGGGUUGUUGUUGUUUUGUUUUGUUUUGUGUGCUGCAUUUGGGUUACGGGACCGAAAGGGACCUUGGAAUGAUAGUGGUAUCUAUCAAAUGGC